AUGAGUAGUACUAGUCACCAGGGUCCCGGUAGUUUUCCGCAUAUACCGCGGGCUCCGUUGCCGACGACGGUCUUGUUGACCACGGUGGCCCCGUGUUUGCGCACGUCCGGGGCCUUGCGCGAAUGGCUCGGCCACGGUGGGGGCUACGUCCCGCGGUCCCUCCAGUGUGUGGGCGAUCCCAAUGGUCCCGGGACGGCCCUCGUCACACUCCCUCACGCCGAAGCCGCCGCCAAAUUGGUCGCGGCAAUCCGACACAACCACACGGACAGUCACAACCACAUCGGAGCACACUUGGUUCCCGUCAAUCCGGAUAUUCCCUUGCCACCCGCAUUGGUGGAUCCGGAAACGACACAAACAUUGGCACAGGCCCUCCGCGACAGUUUGCACAAAAUCACUCGCGACGGACCUUCCACCGACGUGACAACCCCGGCACUCGCUCCCACUUUGCCCGAGCGCACCCCGGACGCAUCUUUACGUCCCGCCGUCGAGCCCCACGCCGACCCCGAGGACGAAGAUCCCUUGACGUCUCCAGCCGUCUUGAACGCCGUCAAGGCCUUUCGGGAUCAACUCGAAGUACAACAGGGCACCAAAGCCACCCGCCGUAAAGCCUUGGUGGCACAGACGCUGGCACAAGUCUUGCCCGCGAUGCGACUCCGGAGGCAACAGGAACCCUCGGUGACGCACGCACCCACACCCACCCCACUACCACCAGCAGCAAUAGUGCCAACACCCACCACCACAACCCUGCCGGUACCGCCGCCACCACCGCUUCCCGCCCAGGCGCCUCCGGCACCCCGGGGUGUUUCCAACUUACCCGCCUGGAUGACGCAAGCCAAUCUAUCCGCGGAACCACCAACCGCGUCGGCCACGGAACCACCCCCCAGCAAACGACCCAAACUGGAUACUGCGCAACCCUUCCCGGCCCUCCCUCCCGCGGCUCACGCACCACUCCGGGACUUUGUCACGGCACAAAUUCAGCAUUAUCUAGGCGAAGCCGAAACGAGUCUCAUUGAAUUGAUUGUACAGUUUGUCCUUCGACCCGACGGGGAGCCAGCCCAAGGCCUCCUACCCGAACUCGAUGUCCUCGAAGACGAUGCCCACGCGUUGCUCCAGGCACUCUGGGAUCACACCCAACACCUGGCCACGGCGUAA